UAUAAAAGACGUCGUUGCUAUGUGACGUCCUUUGUCGGAAGUUGCGGUACAGGAGGUGAUCGCGACAUUUUCUUUAUUCCGGCAUAAAUUUCUUUAAAAUGUCGACAAAUCGUAAUAUUUCUACACUUCCGCUGGACGCACUUCGCUCAGUAACUCUUCAACAGGAAAUGGCAUCAGAGAAUAAGGACCAGAGACCUCCUAGUAGGAACAAUGAUCGGUCUUUCUCUCACAUUAUUAGCGACAAAAAUCUUCAGCUACGCAUAGAGAAUCGAAAGCUGCGCCGUUGUAUGGUUCUGUUCAUGAAGAACUCAAGCUUAAAGACAGCUAAUGUUCUGGCAUCUGUGUUGUCGAUGUCUGACGAUAGAUUAAGGCAAUUUAUGACAGAAAAGAUAUUAGAUCCACGUAUAAAUCUAGAAGCGAUAGACUUUAAGGCACAAUCCGAUGCUCCCCAGCUGUUACAACAGCCAAAUGAUGCGUCUACCAGCUAUGGAAUGUCGUUUCAAAACAUAGAUCUAAAUGAUCUACAAAGUCAUAGCUACAGAAGUUAUGAUAACAGUUAUAUGAAGUCUCCUGGUAGAAGUCAUUCUCCAGUGUCGCCGUCAAGGUCAAUUCGCCCGCCAAUGAGAUUCGGUGUUGGGAAAAGCCUAUAUAGCAAGUCACCAGAUAGGUCUCCGACCGGACAUUCGUUCUCUACAAAGUUCAAUGAUUCUAAUUUACAACAAGGGCAAGGUCAACAGUCUUUGCAGUCAAGAUCAAAAUCUAUUGAAAGCAAAAGCGGCAAGUAUUCAAGGGAUUCUAACAGUCUUCUAGGCGAGGUAACGUAUGAUAAAAGUAUUAACAAACGUGCAAGCAGUGCUCCACCGAUAAAGAGGCUUGUUUUUGACAAUGGACAAUUCAAAGUAAAUGAAAACAGUGCUUUUUCACAAGUCAAAAGCAGACAGCCAUGCAGAGACUGUUCUUUACGUUUUUGCAGCCUUCACCACGCAAGGCCCGAAAAAGACAGCACUACCAUCAACUCCUCUUCAAACAACGAAUCGCUGCCCGUGUUUAUAGAUGCAAAACCUCAGCUCAGGAGUGUAAAAUAUAACCGAUCACCGGUCAGCGAUUAUCAAACAGCCCAGCACUUAUUGUAUGAUGCUCAAGAUGGUCUGUACAAUGAAAACCAGUCCAAUCAGCCGCAAAUUCCUACAGACAGGAAGAUAAGACGUCAUUUGGCAAAGUCCGUAAACUUGACUCGUACACCUCAGGAGUUAUCGGACAACACUCUUCAAACAGAAAAUGUCAAAGGUAAUCCAGAUACAUCGGCCAUGGCCCAAGAAGACCAUAAUCGAAGCACACGGCCAUCUUUUCGAGAUGAAGACAUGACAUUGUCGGAACUUCAUGGCAGGACUGAUUUGGACAGAAAGUCUGUGCGUAGUGACCUAAACCAUGUUGAAGACAGCUCUUCCAAAAGUAGCAAACCUACACAAGUACCGGUACAUGUAAACAGUUCUGGCACCUGUGUAGACAGACCGGAAGAUAUAGGUACACCGCAGGCAUCCUCUACACCUUUACCAGCAAAUAAACCACACCAUGAUAUCCAAAGCCAAGCAAACAUCCUUUCAAGCGAUUCACUAGCUUACAUCAUGGGGAUCAAAGGUCCAGGCGCUCUUGAAAAAGACAGCUCUUCCAAAAGUAGCAAACCUACACAAGUACCGGUACAUGUAAAUAGUUCUGGCACCUGUGUAGACAGACCGGAAGAUAUAGGUACACCGCAGGCAUCCUCUACACCUUUACCAGCAAAUAAACCACACCAUGAUAUCCAAAGCCAAGCAAACAUCCUUUCAAGCGACUCACUAGCUUACAUCAUGGGGAUCAAAGGUCCAGGCGCUCUUGAAAAAGCCAUAUAUGUGCUUCAUCGUCCACUAGAUGUCCUUAUAGGUUACUAUCCGCGUAUUCCUAAAGGAAUUUUCAGCAAUAUGUCAAUGUCCAAACCAAAUAUGCGUAUUAUAGGAGAAAUAGCGUUUCAACUUGACCGACGAAUUCUCGAAUAUGUCUUCUCAGUGACAGAUGACAAGCAAAACAACAAAAGGCGAUCACGUUACUAUGGCUACAGCGUUUCAAGUAUCAGGAUGCUGAUAAGAAAAGAAGUUCAGCGUUCUGGCAAUGACCCGGAUCUUGAUUCCUAUCUGAGAGCCAGGCUAGACCACAUUGUAAAGGCGUUACAACCACUAAAAUUUGAUGUGGAAUAUCACCCGGAGUUCACACAAGAUAUUGUCAACAAGUAUGGGCUGUUAAACGGUACCCCAAAACCUGGUUCUAUAGAGGAAACUGCACUGAGUGAGCCAGCAGUAAUGAGGCUUUUGGUUGGUCAACUUUUAAAGGAUGAUGUAGAACGUGAUCAUAUGCUGAUUAUCCUCGACUGUCUACAAUUUAUGGCUCAUCACGACAAAGGGCCAUUUUUUAUCUGGUGAAAAUAUCAAUUAUAUCAUUCAUUCAAUAAUCUUACAUAGUAUACAUAUUUGACGUUACCUCUUUAACUUUGCUUUUGAAAUACCCUAGACUAUUUAUUCUUUCAUUCGUUAAUAAGAAAUGGCGAACAUAUCAAUUUUAUCAUACAUUCAAUAAACUUGCACAGUAUA